AUGGGGCUGUGCUACAGUCUGCGCCCCCGGCUCUUCGGGGACCUGAGCGGCUCGAUCUCCAACGCCACCUCGGACUCGGACCAGCCUCCGGACCCCGCCGCGGCCGCUCGCGCCGGGGCGGCCCGCCAGCAGGAGGACGCCGCCGGGGGAUGCGGGGAGAGCUCGUCGCUGCGCGGCGGAGGCCCGGUUCGCCCCGGGGACCCCGCCAGGGAGCACCGCCGCGGAGACGCCGGCACGGACGGCGUGCUCAUCCAGAACGGGGGCGGCGGAGGGAAAGGCUCCGGGAAGGAGCGCGGCCGACGCUUACAGCUGCUGCAGAAGACGGGCAACCAGAAGCAGAAAAACUGGGACAAACUGCUGGUGGAGGAGAAGGAGGCCGAGAAGGAGGCGAAGAAAGUCAGUAAAAACAUCGACCGGGCGCUGAGGGAGCUCAAACGGGAGUAUAAACAGACUCAUCGGCUGCUGCUGCUUGGUGCGGGAGAGUCCGGAAAAAGCACCAUUGUGAAGCAGAUGAGGAUUCUACACGUCAACGGCUUCAACGCCGAAGAAAAGAAACAGAAAAUACAAGACAUUCGGAAAAACGUGAAGGAUGCCAUAGUGACUAUAGUGUCUGCGAUGAGCACUUUAAUACCUCCGGUCCCGCUAGCCAAUCCAGAGAACCAGUUCAGAAUUGAAUACAUCAAAAGCAUAGCACCACUUUCUGACUUUGACUACCCACAGGAGUUCUUUGAUCACGCAAAGAAGCUGUGGGACGAUGAAGGAGUGAAAGCUUGCUUCGAGAGGUCCAAUGAAUACCAGCUCAUCGACUGCGCACAAUAG